GAGAGAGAGAGAGAAAGAGAGAGAGAGAGAGAGAGAGAGGUCGUCCCGCGCCAUUGCUUCGUCUUCAUCUCCCUCUACAUCUUUCUCUCUGUUAAGCCUCUUCUCUUAUCCCUCAUCGGUCUCCUCCGAUUCCUCUCCUCUUGAUCAAUUUCUCUUUUAUUUGUUUAUUUAAUUGCUGUUUGUAGUUGCUCUCCGUAAUCCAUGUCCUCGAGUAAGCCCGAUCGAGAUCGGUCCCUGGAGGUUGAAGGGUUUUUGAACGAACUACAGGGAUGGAACAACUUGUUCAAGGAUAAAAAUCAGAAAUUGAAAACUCAGUACAGGGAAUGUUACUAUUCUUAUGGUUAUUCCGAGAGUAAUUUGCUGUUGUUCUCUUUGAAGGGGUCUUUACAAAACUCUGGAAAGAGUCAAGAAGAAAAAGGACCUCCUAAAAAAGUUCCUGCAGUUGAAUCGAACACUAAGAGUAAUGUAGCUUCUGAUUUUCCUGCAAAAAAUCCCAACGAACGAUAUAACUACUCGAAGUAUUCUGCUUUUUUGAAUGAGGAGACAUUACCUGAUGCAACCUCAGAGAAAGAGCUGGGAAAUGAGUAUUUUAAACAAAAAAAAUUUGCUGAAGCAAUUGAUUGCUACUCGCGAAGUAUUGCAUUGUCUCCCACAUCCGUUGCUUUUGCCAAUAGAGCUAUGGCAUAUCUCAAACUCAGGAGAUUGGAGGAGGCGGAGAAUGACUGCACUGAAGCCUUGAAUUUGGAUGAUCGCUAUGUUAAAGCAUACUCACGUCGAGCAACAGCUAGGAAAGAACUUGGCAAACUUAAGCAAUCAAUGGAAGAUUCUGAAUUUGCCAUAAGACUUGAGCCUAACAAUCAAGAGCUCAAGAAGCAGUAUGCUGAAACAAAAGCUUUGUAUGACCAGGAAAUGGCCAAGAAGGUUUCUCAAUCCUUAAAGCCUUCUGUUUCGGAAAUUCAAAAAGCAGACAAUUUAGCCACAUAUAAGGCCCAAAAGACAGCUGCGACUGCAAAAAAAACUGUCAACAUGAACAGCAGCAUGGAAAUUGAUGAUUCGCCUUUGGUUGCUGUAAAUGAUACAGAAAGAGAAGCUUCAAAAGCUCCUGCAGAAACCAGAGAGAAUUUAUUUGAUAGAUCAAAAGGAGGCGGAUCGAGUUCCGCAGAUGCUAGUAUGAAGGGGACUCGGGUUUCUAGUCGGAAAGACGAGUUAAAACCAUCAAUGCAGGAUCUUGCAUCUCGUGCUUCUUCAUUAGCUUUGGCUAAUUCUUCUAAAAGUAUCACUGCUCCAAAAUCAGCUUAUGAAUUCGAGGUUUCCUGGAGGGCACUCUCUGAUGACUGUGGUCAGCAAGCUCAGCUGUUGAAGGCAAUCCCACCAUCUACUCUACCUCAAAUAUUUAAAAAUGCACUUUCCGCACCCAUUCUGAUAGAUAUCAUCAAAUGCACUGCCACAUUUUUUAGGGAGGAUACAGAAUUCGCAGUUAGCAUAUUGGAUAAUUUGGUCAAAGUUCCACGUUUUGAUAUGAUAGUCAUGUGCCUUUCAGCUAAGCAGCGAUCUGAACUUCGGCGCAUUUGGGAGGAAGUGUUCUCUAUCAAGGACAUAGCAGCACGACAGAUUGAAGCCAUAAAUCGGCUCCGACUGAAAUACUGUGGCGAGGAAUCGUAGGAUCAAAUGUUUAUCAAAUGGAUGGCCCAAAGAAAUGUAGUUGUUCUAUGUAUUAGUUUUUUCGCCUCUUUUUUUUUUUUUUUCGGGGAUUUGGGGUGGGGGGGAGAGGCAGACCUUUUUCGGUCUUUUAAGCCAAUCCAGAAUCUUAUGUGGAAGAGAGGAUUUGAGUUUUGUAUAUUCCUUACUAUGCUGUAUUCUAGUUCAUAUGGUAGUUUAAGGUUAGAAAGGUUCCUUUA